AUGCCGGCAAAAUCUAAAAAGUCGAAAAAGGCAAGCGGUAAAUAUGACCAGUUACUACAGCUUAAGGGACAGAAAUUAAUAAAAGAGCUAGAGUCGAUGUAUCAAGAAUUACGAAAAACGAAUGAUCGAGCGGAAUUUGAUGGAUUUGACUCUGCCCUCUCGAAGUUAUCGAGUGAACAGAUGCUCCAUAUACAAAAUCGAGAGAUAACGCGAUUAGUCGGAUAUUGCCUCGUGGAAAUGUGUCGAUUUGUCGAUGAAGCAGAGUUGUCGGAUUCAACGAGCAAGGAUAUUUGGAAUCUGAUUCUCCAAAAUCUCAAGACCUUGGAAAGUCCUUCAAAAACUGACAAUUAUCGCCGAUCUUUUGAAAUGUUGGAGAAAAUCUAUCAAACGGCCCUCCUCAAGAUUGCUGUCUCCUUUGGUGGUGAAGACAAUGAUGUGCCCCUCACUCUCUUUCAAACCAUUAUCCACAUCGUGGAUGCAUAUUCGGGUCUUCCCACUCCAUCCAAGCGUCCCUCUAAAUCAAAGAAGAGUGAUUCCACGAGCGAAGACACGCAGUUCACUGAAGAAGAAUUGCAAACCGAACUCGAACGAAUUCGAGGCAUUGUCAUUCAGAUCAUGAUUGCUGUAAUCGAUCUGUAUAGGAAGAUUCCUUACUCUCUCCUUGACAUUAUCUUGAGUAAUACGAUUUGUGAAGACGAGAAUCCAGUCCCCGCGCAUAUUCAGCUCCUAACCGAUCUGCUUAGUGUAAAAAAGGCGAAAUUGGCUCCUUCUGUUCAAAAGCUCAUCACGGAUAUCAUGGUUGGGAGCUCUGUUUCUACAGAUGACUAUGAAAUCAAUCCGAUUCUGAUAAAACUCAACUCGAUUUCGUACGAAUACAUCGAAUUGCUUCUUCCAUUGAUUACCAGCAAAUUGACACCAAAGGACACGAUUUCCUCUAUCAAAGUGCCGCUCCUUUCGAGGAGUAUCUCAAUCGGUUUCACGAUAAGUCCCCAGCCAUUCGACUCUCCAUCUCUGAAGUCGGACUCCUUUCUCCAAACGAGUCAUCUCUAG